AUGUUGAUUGGUCUUGAUGCUGGAGAUUCAAUUGUUAUAGCGAAAUCGUUUUCUCACAUGCUUAAUUUGGCGAAUUUGGCGGAGGAAGUUCAGAUUGCGUAUAGGAGGAGGAUUAAGUUGUGGAAGAAAGGUGAUUUUGGUGAUGAAAAUUCUGCGAUAAAUGAGUCUGAUAUUGAAGAGACUUUUAAGAGGCUUGUGACUGAGCUUAACAAGAGUCCUGAAGAGGUUUUUGAUGCUUUGAAGAAUCAGACUGUGGAUCUAGUUUUAACUGCUCAUCCUACGCAGUCGAUUCGUCGAUCUUUGCUGCAAAAGCAUGGAAGGUUUGUACUGUUUAUGGAAUUGUGGAUUACUGCAUAUUAUGCUGAAAAUGAUCACAAUGAAUUUGAAAACAGGUUAUCACAGAAGAGCGCGACAUAG